GUCCGGGAGAGUCGGAGCAGCCAGCAGCCAUGUCACGACCACAGACAUAUUGUGUGAGAAGAGCCGAGUGGAUAAGGAAUAUGUAUAGAGGUAUUAACUGGCAAGUGAGAACGAUUGUGGAGAAGUACGGAUCGAGUGCAUAUUUGAUACCGGACACUCUGCUACUGGCACUGGACCUUGUGGACAACCACUCCGCUGGGGAUCAGGCGUACUGUGCCGCGUCUGAGGUAAGAUACACUGUCGCCAGGCUGGUAGGAGAACCGCUCAUGGCAGCUCUGCAGGAUCUCAAUGAUUCCUCCGCCGCCCGGUGUCGGUACUGCCAACCCGACCAGCCCCCCAGGGCAGGGGCGGAUCCAGAAAAUCUCCAAGGGAGGGGCCAUUACAAACGAGGAGGCCCCCCAUAAUCCACCUGUUGGAGGCCCCAUCUUCCCACUUGUUGGGCCCCCCCCCCCCAAAAAAAAACUGCGUCUAUUGAGCUUAUCUAGCUGUUCAGGCAACAUCUCAACAUCUGUGCAGGCUUGGAGGCCCUCUGUGCAGGUUAGGAGGCCCUGUAAAAGUGGUCAUCUCUGUGAGUAUAAGAGACCUCCAAGUUAUGAAAAGCUUUACCAAUCUUCUAACAAAGAAGUCUUCUCAGCUAGUCUUCUAAGAAAUAACUAAGUGGGUAGGUUAAAAAAAAAACUCAUCGGAUUUCGGCCACUUUAUUUUCAGGAGGCCCCCUUUUCAGCUUUUUAACUUUUUAACUUUUUAUUUUAUUUUUGAAAAAAAUCGGCCAAGGGGGGGGCCAUGGCCCCCAUGCCCCCCCCCCCCUUGUAUCCGCGCCUGCCCCAGGGUAACCUCCAUCAACGGAUCGGGCAGCAGUGUCGAGGGUCUGUCGGACGGUAGAGUCGGCCAAGGGGGGACGUCAGAUUUUGAUCUGAUGUUCGAGUUCAACGGUCCCUUCCGCUGGGCGGCGCCCGGAAAGAGAGAGGAGCCGGCCGUUGUUAUUCCACAGUCUGCCCCUCAGCUGUGGGCCCGACCGACCAAAAACCCAGGCUUCGUGACGCUGCACUGGGUCAAGACGACGAAGUGCUGCCACGAGAAGGCACUGGAGGCACUGCCGGCACACUCCAUGCGCAAUCUCAUGCUGAACUUUUCUCGGGGCAUGAGAGAAGGAGAAAUCACCACCGCCGGACCGGCGGUCAAUGUCAGGUCAUCACAUGAUAUUUCAGACGGCGGUGUUGACUUCGUGCCCUGUAUCCAUGUGCGUGGGUGGUGGCCGGCAGAAGACCAGCUCGACGGAUGUCACCUGGAGCAUGAUUUUCCACCAGCGGCGGCACGGGACGAUAUCCGUCGCUUCGGAGUGCAUCUCGUGCCGACCGGCAGGCCUGGCAGUGACACCGAGUCUAUCGAGUUUCGGAUUUCCUACUCACGGGCGGAGCUGGUCACCGUUCACCACCUCACUUCAGUCAUACGAACGGCUAUCAUGGCGUUAAAAGCGAUUAAAAAUAUGUUGAAAAAGAACGAGGUGAUGAGCGAUGAGGUGAAAUUAAAGUCUUAUUUUAUAAAGACGGCGGGUCUCUGGUUGGCCCAAACCACGCCCCCUCGAAUGUGGAAAGGCAUCACUGACGGUGUCCACAAAAUUCUUGUUUGCUUGGAGGAAAACUUAACCACCGGAAGACUACCUUGCUUUUUCGAUCACAACAUUGAUGUGGCGGCUGAACUCAGCGCAAAGGAGCGACAGGAUAUCAUCGACACCAUACGGUUCAUUAGGGAGCAUGCCACGCUCCUUCUGAUGGCAGUCUGUGAGGAUCGGUGGGACGUGGAUCUGCUGCUGGAGGGCGGGACGGAGCCGCUCUCAGAGCGUGAGCUGCGGCUCCGCCUCGGACAGACGCUGGUCCGGGAGGCUGUACUGGACGGUGUGUAUAACCGCCCCACGGCUCCGUGGCGGGAGAUCUGGUGGAAGAUGGCCAUCCCUCCGCUGGUCCGCACGGCCCCACUACUACUACAGUGGUGGCACUACUGCUACUCAGGAACACACAGCCAGCAGUGUUACCUGUUUAUGGCGUGGGCUGUGGUCGACCCGGCGGACCUGGUAGGCGGGACAGUGAUGACGUCACCAGUCAGUGACAUUGUCACGCUGGACGUGACCCCCCUGAUACAACUCCUCACCAGGUCUGACCUGGAGUUCCUGCUGGGUGACCCGGACAGGGUGGCCACCUGGUGUAGUCAGCAGCUGCGGCGGCCGCUGGAGGAGCGGCCGGCCGGACUGACCGCCGAGCUGAACACGCCGCGGGGCCGUGCCGAGCUGCUGCUGCGGCCCGAGCUGCUGCUGCAGGCUGUCCGCGUGAACGCGCCGGGUAAGAUGGACUGGUGGCGGAGGAUAGACCGGAGAAAUAAGAACGACUGGAUGAGUAACUACCGACCAAUGCGUACCUACCAGGAGACCCGGGAGGAGUUGGAGCGGUUCUUGGACAUCAACCUUCAUAGGCUGCUCCAUGACCGACUGCCAGAGAUGGACGCCGCGUCUGUGGCCGCCACGGCCGGCCUCUGGCGCCGCCGGCUGCAGCAGCUGCUGUCCGGUGACCGGCUGCGUACGGCCUAUGACGCCGUCACCGGCUGGUGGCCGGACCGAUGGGAGAUGACACCGUACUGCCUGGCGGUGGACGAGACUGACUCAGAAGACUCGGAGCAGGAUGACGACGGAGAUGCCGGUGGCGAGGAGCGGCGCGGCCCAGACGAGGAGCAGACAGUGGAGGGUCUGCCUCGCCCUCAGCGAGAGAAAUGGGAGCAGCUGGAGCGACAGCACCAGCAGCUGUGGCAGCAGCUGGAGCGGUGGGGCUACGAGAAGAAGAAGAGUCUCAACCAGCGGUAUGCUGGGGAGUGCCGGAGUCUGGAGCGACGUCAUGACAAACAGUGGCGGAUCAUGGAAAUGCGGCACCAUGACGAGCUGAAGAGCCUCCAACAACGACACGAGAGUGCUACCAGGUGCGUGGAGCUACAGAACCAUGGGCAGGCGCAGCAAGAGAGACGUCAGAGGCAUUUGGAGCUUCUGAAUCGCAGAAACCGAAGAAAGUCGGAAGAGCUUGAGCGACAGCACCAGAUAGAGUGGGGAGACCUGGCGCAGAAGGUCCAGAGGCAGUGGAACAAGCUGAAGCGGAGACACCAAAGCGAGUCACAAGAGCUGGAGGAGAGGUACCCGAACAUCUGGACAGGGGAGGAGCUGGAUCGGCUGCUGGAGGAGUGCAGCAGGAGGCGUCAGCAGCUGGGGAAGGAGUUGGGGAAGGAACUGAAGAAGGAGCUGGAGAAGGAACUGGAGAAGGAACUGGAGAAGGAACUGGAGUUUAAGGAGGAACCCAGGAAGAGACAGGAGAAGGACCUGGAACUGGAAGAGGAGGAGGAAGAGUCAUUGGUGCGAGACCCCAAGAACCAUGAGAGGCAACAGAAGCAGCAACAACAUGGCCAACGACAACAGCAGCAGCAACAACAACAUCAAGAAGAAGAACAACGUCAGGGGCGGCAGCCGAGCCGGAACGUUGAACACCUCAGGAACCUAAUAGAGGUCACCCGAAGACACCGCCAGCAGCGUAUCCAGCUCCAGGAGCGGCACAACCAGGAGCUGGAGGAGCAGAGGAGACGUCACCGGCAGGAGAGGAAGGAUCUGGAGCGGCGCCUCGGCUGUCGGCGGAACAGCCGGGAGCGGCGCCACAGAAAGUGACCGACGAUAUCAGCAGAGUCGCGGACCACCCCGAGGAGGCGCCACAUACGGAGAACAAGUCGAGGGUCAGAAAUUUGUGGUGCCAGAGAAGUUCAAAAUGUGUCGACUGUGUAGAUAUUGGAAAUAGAAAAAAAAACAUUGACCAAUACUGUAUAUCACCGUUCCAUUGAAGAAAGGAGUUGGUAUCAUUAUGUGCAAUAUGGCAAUGUUCACGAUGUUCAUGACGAUUGACGUGUAAAUAAUUGUACCAGUAUGUUCAAUAAGUAAGUACCGUUUCGAUAUAACUCGUUUAUUUUUUGGCACAUCUCAACCAAACAUGGCUCACGGCUCGACGAACUCGCCCUGCAGGCGAACGCAUCGUUCCCAUCGCUUGGCCAGGUCCCGGAUGGCCGCACGGAAGCUUUGAGUGAGGGCCUUUUCGCCAUACUGGUAAAAAGCAGAUCCGAGUGCAGACCGCGAGCCGAACCUCCGGCCCCGGAUAUUUUUAUUCAUGUCUGCGAACAGCCAAUAGUCACUGCGUGCCGUCGGGAGAGUAGGGAUGGUGUUAGAGCACCUCGAUGCCCUCACUGCCUGCAGGGCAUCCCUCGGCCACGAGGGCACGGUGAGGAGGCGCGCAAUCCUGGUGGAGGAUGAACCGACCACGGGCCUUCUCGGGGGGGGGGGGGGGGGGGGCAACUGGCGAUUACUGGCAGGAGAUGGUCUCUAAUGAUCCUCGCGUAGGCUUAUGUUUAGGCUUUCUGUUAUCGCCUGGACAGUAAUCUUUUUGUUGGCCAUCACCAUCUCCUCCACUUUGGCGACGUCAGUGGCUGUGACCAUCGUCCUCAGCCUGCCUGCACGUGCCAGGUCGCGCACGCUCUCCCUCCCCUCCCCAAACAUUUUCUUCCGCUUCAGAACUGCGGAAUCACUAAGAGCAUGGCUCCCGUACACAUUCACGAAGUUGGCGUGGAUGUUAGCCGCCGGCUAGCCCUGGAUAGCUAGGAAUCGUAUCACUGAACGUUGAUCCUCUCGGGUGGCCGAUGCCAUUUCUAAAGCAGUCUAAAAAAAUGGUGUUAUUUGAUCCGCUCCAUAUCGUCACAGAAUUGGAAUAAGAAGCUGAAAAUGCGGUCACUUCGACAUGAAGGUCCGAAUUCUAAUCCCUGAAAAAAUCACGUGCGUAGACCGCGUGAAUUUUAUGUAAUUGCACUCCGGAACUUACUUAUUGAACGCAUUGGAAGUGUUACAGGGUGACGUAUGUUGUCAUACAAGUACAAAUUGUUGUUCGAUGAUGCCAUUUAUUGAAAUGAGCUCAGUGAACACUCACUGUUGUUUAUGAUACUCACUGAUGUCAGUGAACACUCACUUUUUAUGAUACAUGUCUUGUGUAAUGUGCAAUCUUGUAAAAACUAUGUAGACAUUAGGAGGUGUAUCGAUCGGUACAUACAUACCAAUCUGUACCGAAUCAGUACAUGAUAACCGUUGGAUGUGGUGGCCACUGGAUGUAGUGUUAAUAUAAUAUUAGCCAGGCACGACCCAGCUAACUGCGAAGUCAGACCGGGCCGCGUAUUCGCCAAUUGUAUUACACGAAUCGGCCGACCAAUAGCGUGCCUCCUGAGUGACGUCAGCGUGGCGUCAUACUUUCGGUCCUCGCCCUUGGUGGCGUCUAUUGAAGCUAGGUUUUAAAUUAAUUACAUUUAAGCUGCUUAAAAUAUGAUGUCGCCGUGGCGAAGUGGUUAGAGUAUCUGACUGGUGAUUUAGAGGUAGGUGGUUCGAAUCCACUCGGCGACUUCGAUUUUCGUGUCAUCCAAGGCGUGUCAUCUGUCAUUGUGCGUUUUUUAUACAUUUGCAACGGCGUGCACCCAAGGAAUCAGACGUAGGCAUUCUUCUAAUGAAUAUGUUGCAUAAGAUAGAUAUUUGCAGUCCAACCGAUUGGUUCGGUUUCGGUAUUUUCCUAUGGUCUUUGUUUGUAUUUGGUUUGGUAGCGGUGUUCUGAUUUUCUGUGAUUAACAUCACUAAUGCAUAGUGCAUACUAUGCGAACGUAGCCAAUGGAAAGACAAAUGGUGCUGGGCGAUGGCCAUUCAUUCUCAUUGAUCAAUAUUUCUCACUGCCAAUGGGUGAUAGCACGCAGCAUUGACAGGGGCGGCGCUGACCUUUUGAAAGUAGGUGGGCACUUGGCAAGGUAAAGUACCUAAAAGAAGCGAAAACUAAGAUGAAAAGUAAAAAUCGCACGCUGGUAAGCAGGCUAUUAGAUAGCUUUUCGUGUAAGAAUCACCAUGCACAAAAAAAGUUCGGCAUAGCUGUUAGCGUAAUCACGGGACGAGAUCAUCAGUUUCCAGCCGUCAGAGCGUCAUCUAUAGGAGCUAUGCCCUAACUAUAACUUUUACAUUUCAGCCGCCAGGGGGAUACCUAGUCCCCUUGGAAUCUAGUUAAAGUCAAAAAUAUUUAUAUUAGACGUUUAUGAAGAUAACUUGGGACUGGUUGUUAAGUUGCAUGCUCACGGCGGGCUGUCAUCAAUUUAUCUCUAUACAUGUCUUAUCUGAUCGAUGAAAUAAUACAGGAAUCCGUUGUCA